GUAGGUUACUUACUCUGUUUAGAGCUAGCUUUGUGCAUAUACAAUAGGCUACCUGGCCUUGCGGUGUCUGAAUGCAGAUAAUAAGAUGUGGCUGACUAUUAGACCUACAAUUGAUUUUCCUGCAGCUGUUUUGACCUAAAAUGGCGACACCAUCGGUUCCUAAUCGCUAACGCAUUGAAGUACAGUAUUGACUACAUAUUAUCGUUGGGACACUACGCUGUCCGCCUUUUGAUGGCAUGUCAGCCAUGACAGCCUGAAUGAAAAACAACUAUUUUAGAGUUUCUAUGAUGCAGGCUAUAUUCUACUGAUCCUCUUGUGACUAUUCGUAAAUGCAGUGACCAAUGCUGCAGUCAGAUCACAUAUACCCCAAUUUAUUCAUUUUCGUCUAGGCCUAUUUCUAUAUUGACCAUGAGCAUCAGAGAAUGCAGAAUCCUUUGUGACCGCGAAAUGAGGAUAGGCUCAAAUAAAUCUGAAUCAAGAGGCUGACAAUUAGGCUGUUUUUAUAAACCGAGCAGCACUAAAUGAAGGUGUCUCACUUGUUAUUUUUCAUUGAGUCUCUUGCACACAUAAACAAUACGUCUAUUGUAGGCUAUUUGUUAGGCUACCUCCUGCAUGAUAGGCUACAGUCCUGUAGAACCAACCAAACAGUAUUGUUUUGUUACAGCUUGGUAAGAAAAAUUGUUGCAAGCAACUCAACACAUCCCUCACUUGAGGACUACGUUUGAAGUGUUCCGACAAAGUAGGAGAUAUAUUUCUAUUGGCCAAGCGAAACUAAUCUCCUAGCAACGGCUUGGGCAGCGUUCCAAUUAGAAUAUCAAGUGAACUUUAAAAAUCCUCAAACAAGACUGUAGGAUGAUUGGCCUGCCAACCUGCAACUGUGUGGCGUUUACAGUUUCCUUCAACCAAUAACGUUACGCGAGAGCGUUACAUUGUUGCAGAGGGUGGCGCUUAUGAUUCUCCUUCAAAACUCGGUUUGAGCAGAGUACGUAGCACCUCUCCUAUACGGGCAUUUAUUUUUCGUCGCUAAGCCAGUUCACGUUUUAUUUGUCAUAUCAGUAUAUUUUGAGAGAUUUCGUUAACUGAUACGGACGGCAGACACAUUUAUAGCCCUAGCCCAGCAUUAUGCUAGGCUAUUUAAAAAAGAAAUAAUUGUCACACUUUCUAUGGUUUUUGAGUGGUAGUUUAUCCCACAUGCAGUUCGCUUCAGUGGAGCGUUUUAAUUUCACGGGAUAUAGAAAAUAUAUGUUUUUUAACCUACUGAGUGUGUAUGUUAUUGUGCUGGUCUGUCCCUAUGACAGACGUUUAAGUUAUUAUUUAGGUGCGUCUAUAAAGUAAAGACUGCAAGCAAUUGCCGUUAAACUUGAUUUGGUAACUUAUUGUUGGCUCAAGUCGCUAUCAGAAUGACCGAGGACAAUGUCACUAGUAAAAGUAUUGAAAUCGUCAAAGAUCAACUGUAUUUCGCCAUACUGCAGCAGAAGAUUAAAAGCACAGCUGACAGACAUUUCUUCUGCAUAGACGAAGAGCUGUCAUAUGAAAAUUUCUAUGCAGACUUUGGCCCGCUCAACCUGGCCAUGUUCUAUCGCUUUUGUUGCAAACUCACUAAAAAGCUCAAGUCAUUCACACUAGCAAAGAAGAAGAUAGUCUUCUAUACCUGUGGAGAUAAUAAGAAACAAGCCAAUGCUGCCUAUCUUAUUGGUUCAUAUGCAGUGAUGCAUUUGCAGAAGACGCCAGAGGAAGCCUACAGUCUACUGGUGUCCAGGAACUCUACCUACCUGUCCUUCAGAGAUGCCUCUUUUGGAACUUGUAUGUACAAUCUGAACAUUCUAGACUGCCUGCGCGCCAUAUACAAGGCUCUGCAGUUUGGCUGGCUUGAUUUCUCCCAGUUUGAUGUGGAGGAAUACGAGCAUUACGAGAGAGCAGAAAAUGGAGAUUUCAACUGGAUUAUUCCUGGGAAGUUCCUAGCGUUUAGCGGCCCUCAUCCAAAAAGCAAAAUAGAGAACGGUUACCCUCUCCAUGCCCCCGAGGCCUACUUUCCUUAUUUCAGGAAACACAACAUCACAGCCAUCGUCCGUCUCAACAAGAAGAUGUACGAUGCCAAGCGCUUCACUGACAUGGGCUUCGAGCACCACGACCUCUUCUUCGUGGACGGAAGCACGCCAAAUGACUCCAUCGUCAGGAAGUUCCUCAACAUCUGUGAGAACGCAGAUGGAGCUAUCGCUGUUCACUGCAAAGCGGGUCUGGGUCGAACAGGCACUCUGAUAGGCUGUUACAUGAUGAAGCACUACCGCCUGACUGCUUCUGAGGCCAUCGCCUGGAUGAGGAUCUGCCGGCCUGGAUCAGUCAUCGGACCACAACAAAACUUUGUGGAAGAUAAGCAGAUCAGCCUGUGGUCGGAGGGAGAUGUUUUCCGGGAGAAGAUGAACGAGCAGGAGAACGGCAAGCUGGCCGUCACCAGAAUCCUGUCGGGGGUUGAUGACAUCACUAUCAACGGCAGCAACAAAAACAGGACGUUCAAAAAGGAAGAGGCAGAACUGUAUAGUGACGAUGAGGAGAGGAAUGGCAUCACCCAGGGUGAUAAACUGCGAGCCCUGAAGAGCAAGAGGCAGGCGAGAACAUCCACAGGCUCCCUAUCACAAGAAGAGAACAAGAUUCACACCAGGUCCUCAUCGCAGUCUUUAAGGAUUCUCCUGCAGUCUAGUGGGCCUGAUGCCUCAGACAAUAGGAAGAGAACCAGAACCUCGCUGCCUGCCAACAGUGUGGGGGGCAGCUCCCUGUGCAGCUCCAGACUAGCCAGGUCUCUAGGCAGCAUGCAUGUAGUGGCCAGCGACAGAGAGCCAGUGUGCUGUGAGUCCAGUGGCUGCAAUAGAGACACAGCCGCCAACGCAGGCAGCACAGGCAACCUGCCCAACCUAAACAUGCUGCAGGCCCCUCAGAAGACGCACUGUGUCCAGAGGACGGAAAACUCGAUGUUCUUUACAAUCAGUGCGCUUUACGAGACUAUGUCACUCCAUACCCAAAGCUAGAGCUCCUCUACUGCGCUGAGCCUGAGGUUCUGGAAUUCUAAGGGAGUACAGUCUUCCUGCAGCUCCUGCAAAUGGAGAUUUUUGUUUUCAUUUCUUAAGAGGGACUGGGUUUAUUUUACUUGAACCAGUCCAGUCAAUUGCUGAUUUUAAGGGAUGUUGAUGAGGAAAUGUGAUGUCUCUGUUUUUGAAUGGGAAGAAAAACUAUCAGAUAUGGUUAAGAUGUAAACCAUGUUCAGUUAGUUUGGAAUUUAUUUGCCAUCCCUUUUUAUUACUCUAUAUAUAUAUAUAUAUAUAUAUAUAUAUAUAAUCUCACUGUUUAUAUCAUGAAACAAAACAGUGUGUGUCCUGGCCAUAAGUAGUGGGAAUAGUGCCAUUUCAAAUGUAACUGCCAAAAUAAAGGAAACCUUAAGUAACUGAGGGAUUCAAAGUAUAUUGAAAGCAGAGGGGCAGCUAGCUUCAGUUUGCUUCACAUUCCAGGUCACAGGCUGACUACAAUGCUCGCGUCGAGUGCGCGAGUGUUGCAAAAUAAAUUUAGAAAUCUAUAUUAUUCAAUUAUUGCACCCACACUGCUCGCGCACGCCAACGAGCAUCUGCGUUGCCAUGGGCUAAAAUAGAAGUCAGUUCUAUUUGUGACGCAGAUUGCGCUGCAAGUCCUGCCUCUCCCAUCUCAUUGGUUUAUAGAAGUGGGUACCCACGUACCAUCUCUUCAUUGGUUAUACCCACGUGCGUGACUGAAAGACGAACAUGGUCAGUGGCGGUAAUGCACCUAAUUUAUGAACGUUGCCAAUCACAAUAUAAAGUCAAAAAAAGCCUAGAACGAGGAGAGAUGACUAGAAACAAUUCGGUUGACCAUUUUAUGUGUGGAUUAAUUGUCGGAGUAGAGGACCUUGUGCAUUUCAGGUAAAAUAACAACUUAAUGUUUAUAUCCCAGGACAAAUUAGCUAGCAACAGCAAGCUCGGUAAAUAGGACAAAUUAGCUAGCAAGUGCAAGCUAGCUACGUAAUUUCCAUAAAUGUUUAAUGCUUUUCGACCUGUCCCCAAAUUUUCUGUAAUUGGUUCAGAGUUUGUUUUGAUAUUUUAACCUGUGUGUCGUGAUUGCGUUUGGUGUGGGGGGACAAAAUACAUGUAUGCACGAUGGCGCAUGCGCACAGCCGGUUUGGGUUCUGUGUUAGCCGUGCAGUAGCGUGUGUGGGUAAAUUCACUGAGGAAGCCAAGCCAGGAAAAAAAAGCCAUAUUACAACCUAUGUUGUGAUAAUUGCGUUGUUUGCUUUAAACCCAUUCGUUCAUACGCCACCAUGAUACAGUGCAUUCGGAAAGAAUUAAGACCCCUUGACUUUAUCCACAUUUUGUUACAGCCUUAUUCAAAAAUGUAUUAAAUCAUUUAUUGUUCUCAAUCUACACACAAUAUCCCAUAAUGACAAAGCAAAAACAGGUUUUUAGACCAUUUUUGCAAAUAAAAUGAAAAAUACUUAAUUACAUAAGUAUUCAGACCCUUUGCUGUGAGACUCAAAAUUGAGCUCAGGUGCAUCCUGUUUUGCUGCACCAGGAAAACCCACAGUUGCGCUAAUCCUUUUAUAACAAACAUUUAUCAAGGGAGGCCAAAUGCUUGCUGGCAUGAAAUUAUGAAAACACAGAGAUGAAAGAAAUUAUUUUAUAUCCUUUGUUUUUAGGUCAAAUAUUUGGGGAAGCCUGGCAUUCAUGAAUACACGCCACUGUAUAUACCACAAACCCGAGGUGCCUUAUUGCUAUUAUAAACUGGUUACCAAUGUAAUUAGAGACAUAAAAAUGAAUGUUUUGUCAUUCCCAUGGUAUACGGUCUAUUAUAUACUGGGUGGUUCGAGCCCUGAAUGCUGAUUGGCUGACAGCCGUGGUAUAUCAGACCGUAUCCCACAACUUUUACUGCUGUAAUUAUGUUGGUAACCAGUUUUAUAAUAGCAAUAAGUCACCUCGGGGGUUUGUGAUAUAUGGCCAAUAUACCAUGGCUAAGGGCCGUGUUCAGGUACUCCGCGUUGCUCAUAAGAACAGCCCUUAGCCAUGGUAUAUUGGCCAUAUACCACACCUCGGGCCUUAUUGCUUAAAUAUACCCUGGCUUUCAGCCAAUCAGGGUUCAGGGCUUUAACAACCCAGUUUAUAAUGUGAAAUAGGCUAUUAGAAGUGCUCUGUCUUGUAUUACUUAUAAUGCACACCUUUUCCCCACUCCUAUGGAUAAAAUGAUUGUAUAACGUCAUACAAAAGUUACUGUUUGAACUUUAAAAUACAUCCUAUCGUUAAAUGUUAUUAUUUUAAUGUCUUUAAACAUUUAAAAUCGGUCAUCCCUCAUAUAAAAGUGAUGACGCGAUGUUUGCGAGAGGGAGGGAAUCUAUUUCAUUGGUCCAGACACUAAGUAAUGGAGUUAGCUCAAUCAUUCAUUGCAGCAUAAUGUACCUGGCUAAAUGAUGAUCCACUUCUGGGUAUCCCAAGUUGAAAGUUACCUCGCUAACUCCUCAAAUCAGGUACGUAGUACACGCCUCAAGUUUGAGUUAAUUAGGCAAUUAACAUCCCAUAAUGCUUAGAUUCAUUACUUUGAAAGAGGGGUCUCAGCGGGUGUGUGCGUCUAUCACCAGGUCCACUGUUGUAGAAUCUAUGCCCAGGCACAUUGACGGCAUUUGGGUGGACCUAUAAAACACUUGAGGUUCCUUUAUUUUGGACGUUGCCUGCUUGUUUACGUUGAAAGUUGCCACAGCAAUCCUGAACUGUCAGACUAACAUGUCUUGUUUGUUGACAAAGGUCCUUCAGAGCACCACUCAAAUGUAACCUUUGAUAAGGAUAAUUUCAUGCCCAGUUGCCUAGAAGUGUUUUGUGGAUGAGAAGUUGUGAAGAGCUACCGUUAAGCAAUUUCUUGUUCAAGAGGGCAUCUUUCUGAAUGUUGCAUAUAGAAAUGUAACUACAAUGCCACCCUGAAUCUAGUUUGCCUGCAUGUCUAUGCCCUUUUACCCAGUGAAGCUUCUCGUCUGUAUUUUUGUUGAGAUGCUGUACUUAACUGUAAAUAAGUCACAUUUGAUAUACUGAAAACAUUUGAUUUGUACUAGUGUAAAUAUUUUUGUACUCAUGAACCAUACUAUCACAUAAUUAUUUAAAAAAAAAUAAAGUCCUAAAGGGACACCUCAUUCGUGACUAUCAUGCACAUGGAGUAUAGCAGCUUUAAAAAAAAAAAAAAAAUCUCACCAUUGUCUUAAUUAUUCUCUAAAUUACAUGUGACAAACUGAGCUCUGUUGGACACCCCUUACUAGUGCCAUUCAUGGUUUUCCAAGCAUUGUACUUGAGUCUUAUACACUUAAUUGUGCUAGAUGAAAGCAGAAAACAGGUAGAUAGUUGCUGAUCACAGGAGAGAAUUGUUCAUGUUUGUAGUGUGUGCUGUGAAGGUUCUGAACAUUCAGUCUGCAGCUGUACAUCAGUCACCACAGAACACCCCUAACUGGUAAGACUGUCUUGUACUUUACACACUUGAGUCAGCCAUUCGCAGUAGAUCACACCAACUGGGUGUCGUAAGUGGCUAUUGAAAAUGUAGAAUCACUAGAAAAUUAUAAGAAAAUGGACUGCCAAUAUUCUGUCUGGGGCAGGACACCCACUGUGCAAGCCAACCUCACUGUUUUUGGCUGUUGUGUCCUUAAGAGGAACAGAGUAAGACAAGACACAAGCCAUCAGUGCAUUUGUCACAGGUCUUAUUGAACAUUGCUUCAGUCAGAACACAAGCCAGGAGAAAUAACAAAUGUACACAAGACCAGUGUGUUGGCAUAGCAACAAACAGUGCUUAGAUUAGAGAGCAACCCAUUUCACCAGAGGCAAAUGUAAACAGGGAAUCCUUUGUAAUAUAAUUAAUCUCAAGGCUAUAAAAAAAAAAAAAAAAGGCACACUACG